AUGGCCGAAGCCAACUGGGAAUACCCAUCUCAUCAGCAAUUCGAGCGUGUCCCCACGCUUGACCAAGUUGACCCCAACGACCGCAAGGCUGUGUAUGCCGCCCGUGCUCAAAAGAUCCGUGACGAUUGGGUCAAGGCUAUGGAAGCUCGUAUUAUCAAGGAAAAGCUUGAUGCUUGCUAUCAAACCGAGGGCACCAACCACUACCAAAAUUGCCGUGAUUUGGCUGAUCUCUACCGCAAGGCCGUCAAGGAGAACAAGGUGGAAGGUUUCCGUAGAAAGCCUACCAGCGCAUAA